GACUUGGAGUCUGGACUCCUGGGUUUUUUAUUCUUGGCUCCAUUGCCUGACAUGAGAACAUAAGAGCGGCCAGACUGGAUCAGACCAAAGGUCCAUCUAGCCCAGUGUCCUGUCUUCCAACAGUGGCCAAUGGCAGGUGCCCCAGAGGGAAGGAACAGAACAGGAUGAAAGUUUGGCAUUUCCUGGUUGCCUUCAAGAACAAGAGUAGGAGACGUGUCAGGCUGUAAUAAGUCCUGAGAUAUUGCUGCACCGGUCACACUUAAGGGACCCAGGGAAAUUGGGCAUGGAGGCGGAGGAGAAUGAAGUGGAGAGCAGCAGCGAUGCGGCCCCUCAUCUGGCACAGGAAGAACCUUCGGAGAGCGGGCUUGGUGUCGAGACCUCUGAGGCCAUGUCCGCGGACAGCAGCGAUGCUGCUUCAGUGCCCAUCCUCUCAGAAGCAGAUGAGUCUGGUGUGGGGCAGAGCUCAGACAGCAGUGGGGUCUCUCUGGAGGAAGUGUCGGAGAGCAGCUCCAGCACAGAUGCUAUUCCUAGGGUCUACCUGCCAGACUCUUCCUCUAUCGCCCAGUCUACCCUGGUCUCCAGCGUCUCCACAGUGAGCCAGUCCAUUAUGGUAUCGGAAUCCCCACAGGUCCUGGUUCACUCCAGCGUCAUCACCGAUGGGGCCACAAUGGUAUCGGACUCCACUGCAUCCACCUCCUCGGACCUGGGCUCUGCCAUAGACAAAAUCAUUGAGUCCACAAUUGGGCCUGACAUCAUCCAGAGCUGCAUCGCCGUGACGAGCGCUGAAGAUAGCGGUGCCCAGACUACCCAGUAUCUCAUUCUGCAGGGGCCUGAUGAUGGUGCCCCCAUGGUAUCCCAGAUGGCCACUUCUGCUCUGGCCAACAGUUUGGCAAUAGAAGCCAUAGCCGAUGGACCCACCUCCACGUGCCUAGACCAGCCUGGCCCUUCAGACCCUUCCGAGCAGUCUGAAAUACUGGAGCUGCCCACACAGCCGGAUCAGGCCAGAGAGGCAGAUGCUGGGGAGGAGCCAGACCUGGAGAGCUUGGAGGAGAUGAUGGAGGUGGUGGUGGUACAACAGUUCAGGUGCAAGAUGUGUCAGUACAAGAGCAUCUCCAAGAAAACUCUCAUCAACCACAUGAAGGAGCGGCACUUCCAGCCAGUGGCUGCUGCUCUGGCCUUGAAGAAGGGGCGUCCGCGGAAGGGGGAACCCUCCCCAAAGCCCCUGGAGGAAGAUGUGCCGGAGGAGGAAGAGGAGGAUGAUAUCGUGGAUGCUGGAGCCAUUGAUGACCCUGAAGAGGACAGUGACUAUAACCCAGCCGAGGAUGAGCCGCGUGGGCGGCAGCCCAAGUACAGCCGCAUUGUCCCCACGUCGAGUGAGGAGAGGCCACGCCGGCGGCCGGGGAGACCCCGCAAGUUCCCUCGCCUAGAGGACAUGCCGCAGCCUGAAGGUAGGGGGUUGGAGAGGACCAACAGGCCCAGGCUGGCGGAGGGUGAAAGCAGGGAUGAGGCUGACCCUGACGUGCUGGGUUGCUGUUGGGCAGGUGGUGAGGAGGAGCCCUUAGUCACGUCCCAGAGCACUCUGAGCAGCGAGCUGCAGAACUCCGAGGCAGCCAGCUCCUCCGUCCUGGAGAACGGGGCCAGCGACAGCCUCGUGGAGCCUAGCAUCAGCCAGUCGGACUCGGAGAACAAGGAUCCAUCCUCCAACACAGGGCCUGAGGAGGCUGAGACCGUGCCCAGGAGGCGAGGCCGGCCCUCCCGCCGCUUCCUGGGCAAGAAAUACCGCAAGUACAUCGGACGCAGGUACUACUACAAGUCCCCCAAGCCUCUGAUGAGGCCCUACCUGUGUCGAAUCUGCGGCUCACGCUUCCUCACACACGAUGACCUGCGCUUUCACGUUAACUCGCACGAGGCCAAUGACCCUCAGCUCUUCAAGUGCCUGCAGUGCAGCUACCGCUCCCGCCGCUGGUCCUCCCUUAAAGAACACAUGUUUAACCACGUGGGCAGCAAGCCAUACAAGUGUGAGGAGUGUGACUACACAAGCGUGUACAAGAAGGAUGUCAUCCGCCACUCAACGGUGCACAGCCGGGACCGGAAGAAGAGAGCCGACCCGCCCCCAAAGCUGAAUUCGUUCCCCUGCCCGGUGUGUAGCCGAGUCUACCCCAUGCAGAAGAGGCUGACCCAGCACAUGAAGACUCACAGCACGGAGAAGCCACACAUGUGUGACAAGUGUGGGAAGUCCUUCAAGAAGCGCUACACCUUUAAGAUGCAUCUGCUGACGCACAUCCAGGCCAUUGCUAACCGCAGGUUCAAGUGCGAGUUCUGUGACUAUGUCUGCGAGGAUAAAAAGAUCCUGCUGAACCACCAGCUGUCACACAUGAACGACAAGCCGUACAAGUGCAGCUUCUGCAAGUACUCCACCUUCCGUGAGGACUUCCUGGUGUCACACAUGGCCGUCAAACACACGGGGGGGAAGCCGUUUGCCUGCGAGUACUGUCACUUCACCACCAAGCACAAGAAGAACCUGCGCCUCCACGUGCAGUGCCGCCACGCUGACUGCUUUGAGGAGUGGGCCCAGCGGCACCCCGAGGAGCCCCCCUGCCGGCGCCGCCCCUUCUUCACCCUGCAGCAGAUUGAGGAACUGAAGCAGCAGCACAGCCAGGUGCAGACUCCCACAGAACCCGCAGCCAGCCCACCAGUUUCUCUUGGCCCUGUGACCUACCACACAGUGCAGCCCCUCCCGACGGUGGAACCCUCCAUCCUUUCCCAGGAUUCCUUGGGGGGAACCACCAUCAUUUAUGAGCAAGGUGUGGAGGGAUCGGCAGAGCUGGCCACGCAGACAGCGCUGGAUCUCCUGCUGAACAUGAGCAGCCAGCGGGAGCUGGCCACAGGCUCCCUGCAGGUGGCCGUGGUGAAGUCCGAUGGCUCUGGAGUGGCGCAGGCCCCCGAAGACCAGUCACAGCAGGAGGAGGAGGCAGAUCUGGAUUCCACCGGGCAGCAGCAGAAGGUGGUGACGCUGCAUGUGGCUGAGCAUGGAGAGGCCUUAGUGCAGGAGGCCUAUGAGGAGGCGACCCUGGGGAGCUCUGAGCUGCAGCAGAUCACCAUUCCUUUCGGGAGCACAGCGGAGUACAGCAUCAUCACGCCCGUCAGCGAGGAGAUCCAGGCCCCAGAGACUCUCUACAGCGAGGAGGAGAGCCCGACAGAGCCCACCCAUACAGUCGUGGUGAGCGACGCCAUGAUGAACGAAGCGCUGAAAGAGCACAGCAGUCACUACAUCAUGUCGGCCAGUUUCCCAGGGAGCCAGCUCCAUCAUGUCGAGCAGCUCAGUGGGGACCCUGCCCUCUCACCAGGGGAAGGCCAGGAGGCCCAGGCCUCGGGCGGCAAGUGGCCCAUGCUGCAGUGCCUGGCCAGGCAGCUCCGAAAGAACUCUGCCUUCUCCCCAGCACCAGAAGGGCAGGCAGUCCCGUCCGCAAAGGUCAGGUGGCCCGCGCUGCAGGGUGUGGCCAGGAAGCUGUCCUGCAAGAUUGCUACAACUAAGAAGCUGUCGUGCAAGAUUUCCACAACUAAGAAAUUCUCGUGCAAGAUUUGCACAGCCAUGUUCACCGGGAGAGCAGAGAUGGAGAGUCACAAGAGGGCACACGUAGGGCCCAACACCUUCAAGUGUCCAGACUGCCCGUUCACAGCAGCUGUGUGGCUGGAGGUCCGGAGUCACAUGGCACAGCACGCCAACCUUCGACCCCACAAGUGCUCCCACUGCAGCUUUGCCUCCAAGAACAAGAAGGACCUGCGCAGACACAUGCUGACGCACACCAAUGAGAAGCCCUUUGCCUGCCAGAUCUGCGGGCAGAGGUUUAACCGGAACGGGCAUCUCAAGUUCCACAUGCAGCGUCUGCACUGCUCUGAGGGGAAGCGGCUGGGGCAGCCGGCAGCCACCACCCAGCAGACCAUCAUACUGAACAGCGAUGAGGAAGCGCUAGCCACGCUGCAGACGGCUUUGCAGUCUGGCCAGGCAGUGCUGGCUCCUGAACGGCUGCAGCAGGCUCUGGGGCAGGAGCACAUCAUUGUAGCGCAGGAGCAGAGCAUCACAAGCCAGGAGGAGGCCACGUACAUCCAGGAGAUCACAACGGCUGACGGGCAGACGGUGCAGCACUUGGUGACCGCCGAUAACCAGGUUCAGUACAUCAUUGCCCAGGAUGGCGUGCAGCACCUGCUCCCCCACGAGUACGUUGUUGUCCCCGAGGGGCAUCACAUCCAGGUACAAGACGGCCAGAUCACCCACAUCCAGUAUGAACAGGGCAGCCAGUUCCUCCAGGAGCCCCAGCAGAUCCAGUACAUGCCGGUUUCCCCAGAGCAGCAGCUGGUUACCCAGGCUCAGCUGGAAGCCGUGGCGCACUCGGCAGUGACAGCAGUGGCCGAUGCUGCCAUGGCCCAAGCCCAGGGCAUGUUCACCACAGAGGCAACGGCUGAGCAGAUCCAGCAGCUGCAGCAGGGAAUCCAUUACGAUGUCAUCACGCUGGCGGAUUAAGGGCUGGGCAGAUGCUGUGGGCCAGCCAUCCACUAGCCCGGCCGAAAGGGGCUACAGGGGACAAGUCUGAGCACCCUCUGGCUGGGGUUUGCUAUUGACUUGCCGUGUGCAGCAGGAGCGCCGGGUCCUGCCUAUCUGCCCCUCUGCGGCGGCUGCUGCCUCCUACGCAAGGGCUGCUCCCCUAGCAGUCAUGUGGCUGAGGGGCUGGGUGGGUGGCGGCGUGGCCCUGCCUGGGGCUGGUCUCUGUCGCACCUGACAGUCCCGGAUCCUUUUUCCUGCGUCGUGUCCUCGAGUUGCGCCUGCCUGCCAUACAAGGUCCUGGCGUGAGAUGGACGCUGACCCCAGCUGUGUCGUGAAAAGGCUGGGCAAGGACUCCUGCUGUUCGGUUGUAGCAGCCGUGCUGCCUGCCCUUGGGGUGUAGGGCUCACGAGCCUGGCACUGAGAGUGCCUUCCCCCUUCGGCUUUCCUGGCCUGCAGGCAGGCAUUUCUCAGACUCUGCAGGGGGAGAGCAGAACGACCUGGAGAGGGAACCACAACGGACGAGGCACUAGCUGAGAUGUUCUAUUUUUCUUCCAAACAGAGACGGACUCUGCUGGAGAGAGCUGGUUUGUACAGGGUGGGGGAGGGGGAUCAAUGUGAACCAUCUGAAGCUUUGAAUCUGCUUAUGAAUAAAAAGGCAUCGGAUUCUGCCUG